UCGGCGGCGCGCCUCGGCUCCCAACGCCUGCGCAGUCCGCACUGUUUCCUCAAUGACGCCGAUGUCCGUCUCUCGUCUGCUGCGGUCCUCCUCUCCUUCUCGCGUCUAGCCGGCAGUUUGUGAAACACCCCCCUCGGCGAGCCAUGGCCGAGCAGGCCUCGGGAUCCGCCCUGUCGCCUCAGCCUGACGGCGGCCUGCAGCAGCGUGCUGCUGCCCUCGAGCAGGAGCGUGCCGAGUACGCCAAGCGCAAGCAGCAGCUGGAGACUGAGUUCAACCAAAAGCGCGCCAAGUUCAAGGAGCUCUACUUAUCCAAGGAAGAGGAACUGAAGAGGCAGGGCGCCUCCCUGGAGUCUGCGCAGGCUGAGCUGUCCCAGGUCAAGGUCCGGCUAAAGGAGGCCCAGGCAGACAUGGAGAACAUAAAGGCAGUGGCCACUGUGUCAGAGAGCACUAAGCAGGAGGCCAUAGACCAGGUGAAGAGGCAGUGGCAGGAGGAGGUGGCCUCGUUACAGGCCAUCAUGAAAGAUACACUGCGGGAGUAUGAGGUUCAGUUCCACCAGAGGCUGGAGCAGGAGCGCGCCCAAUGGAACCAGUACCGCGAGGCCGUGGAGAGGGAGAUGGCUGAGCUGCGCCGACGACUGUCUGAGGGCCAAGAGGAGGAGAACCUAGAGAAUGAGAUGAAGAAGGCCCAGGAAGAUGCGGAGAAGCUCCGUUCUGUGGUCAUGCCAAUGGAGCAUGAAAUAGCAGAUCUGAAAUCCAAGCUGGUGGAGGCGGAGGAGCGGGUCAAGGAACUGGAAGCCUCUAAGGUGUCGGAGCUCAAUCACGUGCUUGAGGCAGAGAAGUCCUGCCGUACAGACCUAGAGAUGUAUGUGGCGGUCCUCAAUACCCAGAAGGCUGUGCUCCAGGAAGAUGCCGAGAAGCUACGCAAGGAGCUGCAUGAAGUGUGCCACCUGCUGGAGCUGGAGAGGCAGCAGCACAACCAGCUGAAGCACACGUGGCAGCGAGCCAAUGACCAAUUCCUGGAGUCUCAGAGGCUGCUCAUGAGGGACAUGCAGAGGAUUGAGAGCGUGCUAUCCUCCGAGCAACUGCGGCAGGUCGAAGAGAUGAAGAGGAGGGACCAGGAGGAGGAUGAGAAACGGCGCCUCAGCCAGGCCAAAGACCUGAAGGAGGAGGACGAAUGCACGGACCCUGGGGAGGAUUCGCUGCAUGGGCUGCCCACGGAUGAGGCCUUUACCAACCACAGCAUCCACAGCUCCAUCCACUCGCUGGACGCGGACUUGGCCAGUUCCACAGAGGGUCCAGACGUCUACCGUGACGGCCUGCGCAGAGUUCAGUCCACAGACAGCCUGGGUUCGGCGGGGGGCGCCCUUUCAAGCCGAAGCCUGGGCUACAACCACAAGGCCAAGUCGGCCAGCCACCUGGAUGAGUCGGACUUCGGGCCACUGGUGGGGGCAGAGUGCACAGGGCCCGAGGGCCUGGACGCCGGGUCUCUGGGCUCUAUUCACCUGCCGGCGGGUCACUUCUUGCUCACCAAGGACCAGGAGAAGGCAAUCAAGGCCAUGACGCCGGAGCAAGAGGAGACAGCCUCACUGCUGUCCAGCAUCUCGCAGGCCCCCGAUACGUCGUACCUGACGCCCACAGGGUACCGGCUGGUCAGCGAGUCCGAGUGGAACCUGCUGCAGCAGGAGGUGAAGAAUGCUGGCAGGAAGUUGGGCCGCCGCUGUGACAUGUGCUCCAAUUACGAGAAGCAGCUGCAGGUCAUUCAAGGCCAGGAGGCGGACACACGGGAUCAGGUGAAAAAGCUCCAGGCGAUGCUGCGGCAGGCCAAUGACCAGCUGGAGAGGACGAUGGCUGAGAAGCAGGAGCUGCAGGACUCGCUGAAGCAGAGUGGCGAGGAGACCGCCACCAAGGUCUCCACACUGAUGCAGAAGGUCCAGGAGACGGAGACCCUGCUGGUGACGUUACAGCAGGCCUUUAGCCAAGCCAAGAGGAGCACCCAGGAACAGAUGGCUGUACUCAUGCAGUCCAGGGAGCAGGUCGCUGAUGAGCUCAGCCGGCUGCAGCGUGACAACGAGAGUCUGCAGGGAAAACAUCGCAUGCACCUGUCACUGCAGCAACAGGAGGACUUUCAGCUGCCCACCUCAGUGCAGGAGCUGCAGGCCCUGGUGCUGAGCUACAGGGAGGACAUCGUGGCCGCGCGUACCGCCGCCGACCACCUGGAGGAGAAGCUCAAGGCUGAGAUCCUGUUCCUGAAGGAGCAGAUCCAAGCUGAGCAGUGUCUCAAGGACAACCUGGAGGACACACUGCAGCUGGAAAUUGAGGGCUACAAGGAGGAGAUCGACAUCUUGGAAGCAUCGUUCUCCAGUUUGAAGACUGAGCUGGAGCGAGUGAAGGUGGAGAAAGAGCAGUUGGAGCGCACUCUGGAGGAGAAGAGUCAGGCCCUGGAUAGUAUCCAGGGUCUGAAGAGCAGCCUGGAGGGGCAGCUGAAGGAGGCCCUCAGUAGCAAGAGCGCCCUGGAGAGCCAGGUGUUCGACGAGAAGGACAAGGCCCAGCGGCUGCAGACUGAGCUGGAUGUCAGCGAGCAGGUGCAGAGAGAUUUCGUCAAGCUCUCGCAGACCCUCCAGGUCCAGCUGGAACGCAUCCGGCAGGCCGACUCCUUGGAGCGGAUCCGCGCCAUCCUCAAUGACACCAACCUGAGUGAUAUCAGCCAGCUUCCCGAGACAUGAUGCCCCUCACGUCCCGCUGCCCCCACUGCCCGCCAAUCACCCAGGACCGCCUUGCCGCCCAUCCCCCACCUCUGCCCGGUGAUACCCUUUUAUGAGUAGGGCUGUGGUUACUCGCAGCUGUGAGGGCAUGAAGAGGGAGGGGAGCACAUUUGCUUUUUUUAUUGAAUCAACAUCCUGUUGAGGAGAAGACGCUGAACCAAAACAAUAAUUUUUGACAAAGAGCGAUGACAGGCUGCCCCGUACGCAGAUGUGUGCGCUGGGGUGCGUGGGUGGGGGGCACACAACACUACUAGCAAUGUUGUAAAUAGGUGUGAGACUGAGGCAGAGGCUAUGGGGCCGCGGGCCCUUCCUCCCUCCAACCCCCAUGAAAAAGACUGCCUCGUCCAUCUGUCUUUCUGUCCGGUUUUGGUAUGGCUCUUAAUCUUACUGUCUGCGGGGCAGAAGGCUGCAGCUUGGACAACACUAUGAAGGACACAUGCAUAUACAUAUACAUAAGUGUGUGGACGUGCACACACACACACACACACACACACACACAAACAUUUAUAUCUGUAUAUAAUAAUAAUAUAUACAUUGGAUCAUUGAAGUCAUCUUUCGUAACUUGUGUUUCUCUGCCCUGGAUUUAUGGGAAAUGAUCAUUUGGCCUUCUCUUGGGUCCCUAUCCAGCUCUCUUGCCCACCCCCCCCGAUGUACCGCUUCUUUCCGUGGAACCGUCUCUAGCAAUGGUCCUGUGUGACUUUCCGGCAGCUACUCCAUUUGGUUUGGAUGUCUCUUGUAAGAAAUAAUAAAUGGACAUAUUGAUUAUUAUUAUUAUUAUUAUUAUUAUUAUUAUUAUUGAGAUCGCUUUUCAGUGUCAGUAUGGAAUCUGGAAUAAACCGUCAGUGGAUAGACCCCUUUGCUACGUUGAUCUUCAGUGACCCACAUUGACCAGGAUCUUAUCCCCUGAGUGUUCUCCUGGGCUAUGUGCUACAGAUCCACAGCUUUUCACAGUGCAGAAACUCACAGCACUUUUCUGUUUUUAUGUAAAGCCCAGUGUGACCUUUGCUGCCAGUAUGGUUAGGAACUGAAUUACCAGGUCAUAAAGCCAAUCCCACUUUAUAUGACCAGAACAGCAUUUUUCUCCAUUGAGAACAUUAAUUAAACAGCUAAUUUAUUGGCUAAAAUAACUGAGAUGUAACCCCUCCAUUAGGGUUGGUAUCAGGGUGGGCGUGGCCUCCUGAAUACAGCAGAAAGCUUGUGUGACCCUUUCAAUCACACAAGCAGAAGUAUGUCCAGAUAGAGUUAAUGUUGCUUGAAUGUGACCAUAAAUAUACCCCCCUCCCCCCAGUUAAGGCAGAAUGGCUCACUAGCGUUGAUACAAAGGUUUUGGGUUGGUGGGUUUUCUUUGUUCUCAUGAGUCUGGCUAUAGGGUCUCCUUACAUCUUCUGAUGGUUAUUGCAGGCAGGAUUGUUGAUUACAGCUCAUGCCCAAUUGGUCACUUUGCUGAAUGACUGAGAUUGAACUUAAUGAGGCUGUUUGCUCCAUUCAGUCCAUGUGCUGUUAUGAUGUCCCUCUUUUUGUUAAUGAUGUGGGGUGGGGGGCAUGGUUUUAGAGAUCCUCAGACUCCAGACUGACAGCUAGUCGCAACACUACUGACACAAGCGACCAGCAAGCUUCAGAAUUGCCACGCCUCUGAAACCAUUUGCAGAAUGGAGUUUUAUCAAGAGAAUAUUUUUACUGCAGUUUGCUAGCCCAUAAUACGUCCAUGUUGUAUUUUUUCCCCUGACAUGCCUGCUUUUAGUCUUGUGAUGAAAUGAUUCAUAUUUGUGUCCAAAAUAACCUUCACUGGAAAAUAUUUUACUUUACUUGGAAUUUAAUAUCCGCUUGUGCAUUUUGUACACAGGAUAUCAGUCCCAAUUAUGGUUCAUCUAAUUACUGACCUUGCAUGUGUCUGGUGCAGAGCUCUUUAGAAUAAAGUCCUGACUGUGUCUGACUCAUACAACGGUGUCUUCUGUGGGCUGCCGGGGUGUUCAAGUCAGAAGGGCUUGCUGGUAAAUGUCCCCAGCAUUGCUUCCUGUAUUGUAUUGAGGCUUUACAGGGGCUACUCGUACAAAACUGUGAGUCUGUAUGUGCGGUUUGUUGUGUUUAAGAAGAGCUCAGUGCAGCAGGUGGACCAGAAUUGCUGUUGGAUUACGAUCCCCCCCAACCCCGUUACAAUGCCCGUGUGAUCCUGAUGCGUCAAUUCGUGCUGUUUGGCAGGUGGUAGUGCAUCCCACAGCUGUGCAGCGAAGGACCAGGCGGAUGAACUCAGCCAGAUGGAAUGAGAAGGCUCCAGACAAAAUGAAGGAGCCAGAAAUACAAUGCUCCGCAGGAUGUGGCUAAGCAUCAUGUCUUUCCAGCACGGGCUCAGAGCUGUGUGUGAUUGCCCACGUCUUGUCCUGCCAGGUUUAUUUUUCCAUCACUGAUAGUAACCUGACCUAGCAUCUGAAUGAGAAACUGUGCUGUCUUAAAUGAAUCUCCUCUCACAUGGUUUAACUACAUGAAACUGCAGACAAGACGGAUACCGUAUUGACUUUGAUAGCUUAGUUGAGCAAUGUCAUCAGAAUCCUGUAGUCUUAAAGACACUUCUACUUUCAGCCUGGACACUAAAGACCGAAAGACGAGAUGAUGCAUGCCGAGCACCCUGAAAAUCCUGUUCAUACCACACUUAGCGUGACAGCCUCUGUUGUUACACUGUCCUUUAGGUAACUAGAUAUUCUGAAGCAGUUUAGAUUGAUUUUCUCUGGAAUUCUGCUGAGGUUGAGAAAAAAGAAAAACUAGCGGCUGUAAAAACAGAUGUUUCUUAGUUAGAUCCUGAUAUGGGGAUUCCCAGCUUCAAAGUCCAUCCACUUAACGGUUCUGUCUGCAUGCUUCACUGCUGUUGGAGAGCUCCUUGCAAACCUACAUACUGUACUGUGUACAUAUUUCUGUAUAUACCUAAUAAAUCAGAUUGUAAUUUCA